UCCUAGGUACCAAACAGCCAGGCGGCUCAGACGGAUGCGUACAACCGGGUGGGGACAAUGGGAAACCUUCAGCAAGACGCAUGCACUUGCCUUGCCGGAGCUGCCGGAGACCCUGGACACCAUUCAUGGGGUUAGCUGGGUAGGAGAUGGAAGAGAGCUGACUGACGCCCAGAAACCUCCAUCAUCUGAGGCCAAGGUGGUGAAGGCCCAGCUCCAGGAGCAGAAGCUUCUGCAGCGCCUCUUGCAGGAGAGGAGGCCCCGGAUAGAGCGAGUUCUGAUGGGUAAGAGAUCGCCAUCUCAGCCCCUUCCCAUAGAGGGCGCCGAGCCGACUGAGCAGAGAGCGCCCCUCCUGGAUUUGCAGCAUCGGUGGGACAACCUGAUCCAGAAGGCUGACGAGAGGCACCGUCAGUUAGAGAGGAUCACCCCCGCCGCCCAGAACUUCCAGGAUCUCUCUGGACACCUUCUACGAUUGGCUGAGUGCCACUGAGAGGCGACUGGCAGAGCUCUGGCGAACCAACAGAUCCAUGAACCAAAUAAAAGACGCCCAUAUAGAAGUCCAGGACCUGUGCAGGGAAAUCCAGAGCAAGCCGGGAGAUCUGGAGAAGGUUCUAGAGAAGGGUCAGGUGAUCCUGGAACUGAUAUCAGGAGAAGAAUCUCAGCUUUGCCAAGAAAAGAUGGAUGCUCUGCGGGUCCGGUAUAUUAUCGUAGCUCAGAGCGCUGGUGAUAUGCUCCAGCGAACAGAACAAACAUUGCAGGCCACAGAACACCUGGACCCUUCCCAGGAGGACAUUUCCUUGUGGCUGGGCCGUAUGGAGAAGGUGGCGUCUUCUGCGAGUGGGGAAGGUGAUGGAGAACGCAGCAUGCUGAGCAACAGCGACAAGGAAAAGCUGGAUCAGGUUGUAUUGACCGAGUUAUCUCAUCUUCGAAACGCUGAGCGACGCCUGGAGGAGCUGAACCGAGUCACGCUGGAUGUGGAGACCCUACAGGCGCAGAUGAGAGAUCAUAAGCUGCUGGCGGUGGAUGUUCUACAACACUGUGGCAUCACUGAAAGGCUCUUGGGUAUCUCCGACAUUCUUCUCACUCUGUGCCCGAGGGCCACCCAGGAGAGGCUGCAGGCAUCUCUAGAGUCCCUGAAGGAUAAGUGUCCCCAGAUAGCAGCCCAGGUGACCUCCUCGCCUGCUGCCCUGGAGCACACCCUCGCCAUGCUUGCCCAGUUUUCAGAAGCCGAGGAGGAGCUACUGCCCUGGAUAGAAGAGACAGAGUCUGACCUUCCGCAAAGAUCUCCAAACUGCGGCCUCUCUGGAGAUUUCAGGGAGCAGCAAGAGAGACUGCAGGCUCUGCGGGAGGUGGUUGCUGAACAUAAACCGCUUGUCACCAAACUACACCGAGUCGCCUGUAAGCUGUCUGAGUUGUGUCCAGAGGAGAGUUCUGUAUUCCAGCAGAGAUUUGAGAAUGCAGAAAAGCGGUAUUGUGCCAUUCGGGAGGCUGUCCGCCAAGCAGCUGCUGUCCUUGAGGAUACCGUUCCCCGAUACAGCCAGAUCAGCGAGAGAAUAGAUAUGAUGUCGGAGAGCUUGGAGCGGCUCAGGGACCGGAUGCAGAUCUCUACAUCUGUGCGCGGGGAGCCCUCUCGGAUUCGGGAACAGCUGCAAGAAAACUCUCAAGUUCAAGCUGAGCUGGAGAAACUGGGAGUCGCUGUGGAGAACAUCAGCAAACAGGGCAGUGAGCUGGCUUCCAGCCUUCCAGAUGAUGCUAAAGAGUCACAAGGCCUCCAGCAGCGGACAGAUGUGUUAUUGGCGGAUUGGAAGCAGCUUUGUGGCCGCGCGGAGGAGCGUGAUGCUUGGCUGUCUGGGCUUCUCAUGUUGGCAGAAAGGUUCUGGGUCAGUCUCUCUGACCUGGCGGUCAUUCUUGGAGACACCCAGCAGAUGGUCUUGGACACGGAACAACCCAGCCCUGACCCCGACUCUAUCAGAACCCGGCUGGAUGCUAUGCAGGCUCUCCGGGAAGACAUUGACAACCUUCAGAAUGAACUGGAUGUGCUGGGGUCUCUCGGGAUGGACCUGAUGUCUUCAUGUGGGGACAUGGACAAGCCUGAUGUGACCAAGAGUCUGGAUGAGCUCUAUGCGGCCUGGAACAGUCUGAACAAGCUCUGGAGUGAGCGCAACGCCCAUCUGGAGGAGCAACUGAAGGUCACCCUCCGCUACCAGGAGACCGUUCAGAGACUGCAGGAUUGGCUGCUUGUGGCCGAGUCCCGCCUAUCUGAGGAGUUCCUUGUGGGCGGAGACUUGGACAUGGUGAGGCGUCAGCUGUCUGACUUAAAGGAAUUUAAGAGAGAGCUGUAUCAGCACCGAGUGGAGCUGGAGAGCAUCGGGCACCAGAACCUGGGCAAGUCUGAUGGAUCGCAGCUGAGCGACUACAGAGAGCGCUGGGACCGGUUGGAGGAGGAGGCUGUGAACCGUCAGCACCAGUUGGAAGAUGCCCUACUGGGGCUUGGCCAGUUCCAGAACCAGCUGGAGGAGCUUCUGAACUGGCUCUCUCACACCAAGGAGCAGCUCCAGGGGCCCCACCAGACCUGUACUGACCUGCAGGCCUGUGAGAUCGAGCUGGCCAAACACAAGGUCCUGCGGAAUGAUGUCCUGUCUCACACCCGCACAGUGGAGUCGGUGGAUGAAGCUGGACGGGCGAUCUUGCUGACCUCACUCGGGGACGGGGCAGAGGCGCUUCAGGCCAAGCUGAGCGAACUGACGCAGCGGUGGGAGUUUGUUCGGAGUGAAACGGAGAGACGACAGCUGGAGCUGGAGAAUGACCUCAGCAGGGUGCAGGAUGUCGCUCUGGAGGUCACCGACCUACUGCAGUGGCUGGAAGAGGUGGAGUCCCGUCUGUCCUUCUGCAAAACCUGUGUGGGGUCAUCCGGAAUCCACCAGAGACGCUCUGACCAAACACCUGGAUCUGUGUAAAGAGAUGGAGUCUAAGCAGCACACAUAUAACAGCGUGCGGGACCGUCUCCAGCGCCUGCUGGCUUCCAGCCCCCAACCUCGAGGCUCCAGCGCAGAGCACCAGCUACGGAUACUGGAACAAAAGUGGGAGAGCGCAUACACCAAGGUGCAGGACAGAAAGGCGUGCUUGUCGGAUGGGCUGGCAAUGAUAACAGAGUUCCACAACACCAUGCAGGAAGUGUCUCAGUGGAUCGGACAAGCAGAGGGGAGACUCAACACGGCCGGACCACCCAGCGUCAUCUUAGAGACCGUCACCAAUCAGAUUCAAGAACACAAGGGUCUGGUGCAGGAGAUUCAGCUGAACGAGGGCAAGCUGGCCGGCCUGGAGUCCGUCUGCUCACGUCUCAGGGACGUGAGCCGGAAGCAGGAAGGGGACAUGACCCAGUCCUUGGUGCAGGGCGCCCGGGAGCGGCUGGGGAAGGUGCAGGAGAGGGCAGCAGAGAGAGGACGUGGCCUGGAAGAGUCCCGGAGACAAGCCAAGCAAUACAGCGAAUCCCGGCGGAUGCUUCUGGAUUGGCUGCAGGAAGCGGAUCAGAGUCUGGACUCCCAGCAGAUUGACACCAGCGUCAGCCAGGAGCACAUCAAGCAGCAGCUGGGCCAGCACAAGGACUUUCAGAAGGUGUUCCGGUCGAAGCGUCCCGUGUAUGAGGCGACUCUGCGCAGUGGCCGGGCUCUCCGAGAGAAGAUCCGACUGCCGGAGGACGGACAGAAGAUGGACGAAUCGCUGGGAGAGCUGAGAGAGCGAUGGGAGCAUGUCUGCAACAGGUCCACCGAGAAGCAACAUACAAAGCUGGAGGAGUCCUUGCUGUUUUCUGGAAAGUUCACCGACGCGCUCCAGGCUCUGAUGGAUUGGCUGUACCGAGCGGAGCCGCAGCUGUCAGAGGAGAUACCUCUAGGAGGGGACCGAGAUCUGGUCAGCGACCUGCUGGACAAACACAAGGCCUUCCAGAAAGAACUGGGGAAGAGAGCCAGCUCCAUGAAGACCCUGAAACACUCCGUCCGAGACCUGAGUCGUGGAGGUGUCGGCACUGACUCUCAUUGGCUGCAGAGACAGAUGGAGGAGCUGGGCCAUCGCUGGGACGUGGUGUGUCAGCUGUCUGUCACAAAGCAAGCCAGGCUGGAGGCUUCUCUGCAGCAGGCGGAGGAGUUCCAUUCGCUGGUGAGCACCUUCCUGGAGGGUCUGGGUGAGUCUGAACGGACGCUGAGAUACGGGGUGAUCCCUGAGGAUGAGCAUGCGCUGCAGGAGUGUCAGAAACAGCAGCAGGAACUGAUGAGCACCCUGCAGUGUCAGCAGAUGGCCCUGGAGUGUAUCGUCUCCCUGGGACAAGAGAUCCUGUCCGCCUGCCACCCCGACUCCAUCAUCACCAUCAAAUCCUGGCUGAACAUCUGUAAGACGCGCUACCAGGAGGUGGUGUCCUGGGCUAAGCAGCAGGGAGGCCGCAUCCAGGCACAAAUUCAAUCCUUGGCAGCAGAAACGUGAGGAGGUCGCUCGUCUUAUGGACUGGAUAACGGCUGCAGAGGAAGCGUUGAGCUUACGAGAUCAGGAGCCCCUGCCAGAAGACAUGGAUGCCUUGGGCGAGAUCAUCUCACAACACUCAGUUUUUAUGGAGGAGCUGAGCCGGAAGGAGCCUGAGGUGGAGAAAGUCACCAAGAACUGUAAGCGUAAAGUGACUGAUACACGAGCAACAAGUACACGCAAGACCAUUACCAAAAGACAAAACUCGGUGAAAUCGCCCCAAGCUGGCCCCUCCAUUCCUCUCCUGGACCUCGCCCCACAAACCCCACACAUGGCACAGCUCCUCAACCGCUGGCAGCAACUCUGGCUCCUCACCUUGGACCGCCAGUGCCGCCUUCAGAAUGCCCAACAGAGGCUCCAUGAGCUGCAGGAAUUUGCGCAUUUUGACUUUGCGGUGUGGCGGAAGAGAUACAUGCAGUGGAUCGGCCAGAUGAAAUCACGAAUUCUGGACAUCUUCCGAGGAAUAGACCGAGACCAGGAUGGACGCAUCAGCCAGAGGGAGUUCAUGGACAGCGUGCUCUCCUCCCGAUUCCCCACCAACUCUCUGGAGAUGACCGCCGUGGCGAACAUCUUCGAUAUAAAUGGAGACGGAUUCAUUGACUACUAUGAGUUUGUGAGCGCGCUGCACCCCAGCAGAGACCCCCUGCGGAGGAUCGUUGAUGCUGACCGCAUUCAGGAUGAGGUGAACCGGCAGGUCGCUCAGUGCAACUGUGCCAAACGCUUUCAGGUGGAACAGAUCAGCGCCAACCGCUACCGAACCAUCACCCCUCCUCCCAAAUUUCCCGCAUCCCAUGUACACGCCCUUCCGUUCAGCCUGCUAGGGUGGAGCUUUCCCCGCACCCGGAGCCUCUACAGUCCCCGCUCUCCCCACUGUCACACUUUAUGA